AUGGCGGCGACGGUGCCGCCCGUGAACGAGGAUCCCGGUCAACCUGACACACCGGCUGACCAGGUUGACAGCGACCUGGAUGCGGAGGGGGAAGAGGAAACCGACCUGUACCAAAUGGAUCAGCAGCUCCAAGAUGCCGUACACAGAGCUUUUACCGGAGAUGUGGAGGUCGAUAACGGAGACAGCGAGGUAGAGGCCAUGGCUGCUCACCUCAAGGAUCAACAAAAUGGUGAAGACGAUGAGACGGAACCCGUCGGGGCAGUGAAACUCCCAGAAGACAACUCAUCGGGGGAUGAGGAUGAAGAUGAGGACGAUGUGGAGUUUGGGGUUGCUGAUGGUGACUGUGACCCGGGGUUUGAAGAUGAGAAUGAGCGAGAGGCAUCUGGAUCUAGCGACUCUGAAUCAGAGGCAGAGGAUUGGGAGGCCGAAAGUAAUGGACAUGAAGAUGGAGAUGUUGAAAUUCGCAGCCGUGCGAACUGCACUUUCUGUGGCCAGGACGAAGAACAUGACCCCGGUGAAGAUUUUGAAGAAUGGCUGUCUUGUGCUGUCUGUGGUGAUCACUCCCAUCGGCAAUGCGCUCGAGAACAAGAAGCUUUCAGUGACAGUGAGGAUUUUUGGAGAUGCCCUGUCUGUGUUCAAAACAAACUAGAACCUGAUUUAGUUGAAAGUCCCUCUCAACUAAAAUCGGGCCACUCUCAUUUACCCAAGGAACUUCUCCCCGCGCACGUGGGCAAGGAAGGUUCUGAUUUUCACUCAAUAUUUGAUACUGGAAUCAACGACGACAUGUUGAACAGUUCUCGUGCACUAAGAAAAAGAAAAGCAUCAUCGGUGGAAGCAGAGGAACACACACCUGUCCUUCGAAAGCGACGACGACAAACAGAUCACUCAGAUUCCAACGAUGCUCCUGCCGACAGCGAAAUGCCUGGAGAGUCAUCCCAGACGCGUCCUUUGCGAGCGCGUCGUACGCGUGGAGUUGAACGAGACCUGGCGCGUGUUGUGAACAGGCAAUUCGGCAAACUCAUCAUCGCCUUUCGACUAGAUGAAAGCAAGAUUAACCGAAUUAUCAACACACAAAGCCAACCGCAGCCAAGGAAAAAGAAAAAAGCACCAAAACCCGCACCCGUACAUCACGAACCUCAAGCUCAUUUUGCACCGAUCCCUCCCGCCCCCUACAAUCAUUUCACACCUUUCCAUGACCGUGACAGCGACGACUCCAAGUCCAAGCCUUACGGUGGCAUAUUAUCUGAAGUUGACGCAGAUACUUCUAAGACACUCCCAUUACAAGCGGACCGUGAAAAAUUCGAAUCAGCUCGCCAGAAGGCCGAGGCUGAAUGGCAGCGAAGAGUACAAGAAGCAGAGCUCAAUGGCGAAGUCACUACAACCUCACAAAAGGUUUCUGGCCCACCCUCGAAGAUCAAAUACAUCAACUUCGGUGGUUAUGAAAUUGAGACCUGGUAUGCCGCGCCGUACCCAGAAGAAUACAGUCGCAACCGCGUGCUCUACAUCUGCGAAUUCUGCCUCAAAUACAUGAACUCGGACUAUGUCGCUUGGCGGCACAAACUCAAAUGUCCCGCCAAACAUGCCCCUGGUGAUGAAAUCUACCGUGAUGGUUCAAUCUCUAUCUUCGAGGUCGAUGGCCGGAAGAACCCCGUUUACUGCCAGAAUCUGUGCCUUCUUGCCAAACUUUUCCUCGGAUCUAAAACCCUUUACUACGAUGUUGAGCCAUUCUUAUUCUAUGUGAUGAGCGAGUAUGAUGAUCUCGGAUGUCAUUUUGUGGGUUACUUCAGCAAGGAAAAGAGGCCAAGCUCGGCGAAUAACGUGUCAUGCAUUCUCACUCUCCCAAUCCAUCAACGCAAAGGCUAUGGAAAUCUCCUCAUCGAUUUUUCAUACCUUUUGACACGCAUCGAGGGCAAGAAUGGAUCCCCCGAAAAGCCCUUGUCCGACAUGGGCCUUGUGUCGUACCGGAAUUACUGGCGCUUGGUAUUAUCAUAUCAACUACGUGACCUGAAAACACCCGUCAGCAUCGCAGAUCUUUCCGACCGGACUGGAAUGACGGCAGACGACCUUGUGUCCGCCCUUGAGGGGCUACGAGCCCUAGUUCGGGACCCCAUAACAAAAACCUACGCCUUCCGUCUCGAUCAUAAGUACUUUGAAGAAGUCAUUCAGAAGUGGGAAAGCAAAGGCUACGUCACACUCAAUCCUGAUGCUCUGCUGUGGACUCCCUACAUCAUGGGUCGCAACAACCAAUCCCAGUUUGACCGCGCUCCUAUGCAUGCCGUUGCGCCUCGUGAAGAUCUCGAAGAUGAGGAUGAAGAUAUGGAGGGAAGAGAAAUUGAGGAUGGGGACGACGUACCGACAAUGAAUGGCCAUGCUGAUGGCCUCGGAGAACCGGCUGGGCCGCCUUCCACCGCUCUUCAGCAACCCAAUGGAGUUCAUCCACCCGACGAUCCAACUCCCCCAUCCCCUCCCCUUGCCGCCGGUAUUCCUCCUUCUCGAUUCGAGCUUUGGCCUCCGGUCCAUGUUCCCACUGGCAGACGCAAAAUUGGCCGCCCAUCGACCAAGAGGUUGAGUACCGCUCGAGCAUCAAUGACACCAACAACCGUGCGCACAAGUGGUCGCAACACCCCGCGGAGGCCUUCCAGGCUUCCAGCAAUCACUCCAUCUACCACCCGUCGCGGCCGAAGUAAGGUGACUGGUUCUCCGGCUGCGGAGGAUACUACUUCUCAGCCGAAUGGCAUUGAUACCGAGGUCGAUGCGGAAGAUAAUGCGGAGGUUGAUGCGGAAGUAGAUGCGGAAGUGGAUGCAGAGGCCGACGCAGAGGUUGAUGCCAAAGCUGAUGUAGAGGCCAACGUGGAUGGCGAUGCUGACUCCGAUGCUGAUGCUGAUGCUGAAGCCGAUGCCGACGCUGAUAGCGAUGCCGAUGCCGAUGCCGAAGUUGAUGCUGACGGCGAUGUUGACGUCGAUGCCGACGCCGAUGCUGAUGCAGAGCCAGACGAAACCGGAGAUGCGGUUGAAGACGUUGUGGAAAAGGCGAUAGAAGAUGGAGUGGCUGUUGAUUCGACUGCCAAAAACCUCGCCGAAGACCUCGUCGACGAAGCGGCCGAGGUGAACGACAAGGCCGGCCAAGUUAAUGGUGACAAAAAGCACGAAGUGAUCACGAAAACGAAUGGCAUCGAUUAUAGCGAGUCUCCAGCUGAAGUUGAAAGCAGCCUUGACUCUGAAUCUAAGCCCGAGGCUGAGCCCGCUCCCGAACCCGAAACUCUCAGGACACCACAAAAGAAAAUCAAGUCCAAAUCACGAUCGCCUGGAACGGCAACUUCCAACCGCACUCGGCGAAAGUUAUCUGUCAAUCCCCCCAAAACUCCUUCGUCAGUCAACCGCAAGGCCUUGGUCGAAAAAAUCCAAGUCGUGGUUCCCGAGCCUAGUUCGCUGCGAAACAGAGCCAAGAAAAGUACAUCCGUCUCGAAUGGUAUCAGCCCUGACGUCGAUGCCGAAGGGGAGGACGACCUUGAUGCUGACGGCGAGUAUGAAAUGGACGGCGACGUGGUAAUGGAGACAUGA